AUGGGCCAGGAACUGAGGAACUGCAUUGCGUGCCAAGGCAGCAAGACAGGAAGGCACACUGAAUCGGGAGUAGGCACCUUCCCUCAACCCAGGCGGAGAUUCAGCCACAUGCAUGUGGACAUCGUCGGCCGCUUCCCCUCAUCCGAUGGUGGCAGAUACCUCCUGACAGUGACUGAACGGUCCACCAGGUGGCCAGAGGCCACCCCGAUGUCAGAAGUCACUGCAGACGCCCGCGCCAAAGCCCUCUUAUCCAGUUGGAUCAGCCGCUUUGGAGUGCCAGAUGACAUCACGACUGACCGGGGAACCACCUUCACCUUGGCACUCUGGACUGCCCUGGCACGCCUGAUGGGGACGAAACACCACACCACCACAGCCUACAACCCCACAGCCAAUGGCAUGGUGGAGAGAACCUAUCGCUUCCUCAAGGCCUCCCUGAUGGCAUGCUGCAUGGUCCCUGACUGGAAGGAACGACACCAUUUGCCUGCCCCUAACGAGACCCUAUUGAGGACUGCAUCGAGUCACCCGCCCGCUUUUGUUCUUGACAAAGACAUCCCCACAAAAAGCUCCUGCAGGACCCCGCCUCAGAUUAAAACCCCACCAGAGCCCGCCAGCGGCCCCAGACGUCGCCGAGGUCGCCCAAGGACAGCAGUCGAACCCCCCAGGUCCACUGUCAUGGGUGGCAUUCUGUUGUCCGACUCGCCAGAAGAUGAGGAGCCCGAGCACGUCCCCCGACAGAUGGCAUCAUGCAUGCUUGGACUCCUCCAGCCCCAAGCAAGAUACCACUGA